CGCUUAAAUCUUCCUCUCCCACUCAUAUAUUGUUACAAUCACAACAUUUCAUUUCAUGCACACAUUUCUCAAACUUCCAUUCAUUCAUUCACAAAAUACCCAAAAUUCAAUUCAAAACAAAACAAAAAAAACCCCCAAAAAUGUUAUUUUUUCUUUGGGUACAAAAAAAUCGAUUUUUUUCUAAGCCAAAAAAGUGAUUUUGCAGUAUUCUUUCAGCAUCUGAUUCCAAUUCCUUCACAAUUCUUCAUCUUCAACUUGUUUCUUCAAAAGGGUAUCAUCAAAAUCAACUCUUUUAUCGAUUCCCUCAUCUGGGUCGUUUCAACAUUCCCAAAAUUCGAAUGAUUGAAGAAAUGAUUAUGGUUUCUUUGUUGGUCCUCUUUGGUUUUUUUCUUGGUGUUAUUGUUGUUGUUGCUGCGGAAUUUCUUGGUUUCUUGUGGAUCCUUAAACGACUUCGUAGGAAGAUUAAUAGUGAUAAAGCCAAAUUUUCAUCAAUUAGAAACCAACUUGAUCGUAGUAGUAGUUGCAGUUCACAAAUUGAUUCUCAUCAAUCUUUCAAAAAAGAGGGUGUAGUUUGGGUUUUAGAACCAGAGAAGGUUUCAAAGUACUUUGUGGAAAGAUCAUCAAAAGAGGUGAAAAGGAAAAAAGAGCUUUUCGAGGUUUCUCCUGUUAGGAAGUAUGGUAAUAUCAAAUGUCAGUCACUUGUUCUCACUGAGCCUGAUGGAUCGCAUACAACCAUUCAGCUCAAAGGAUGCAUCGUUGAAGCUGUUUCUGCCACAAGCGCUCCUACAAAAAAAUGGGCAAAAAAGUACCCCAUCAAAGUGGAAAACAGGACCUCUGUGAUAUACCAUGGAAGCAAAACUCUUUAUGUAUAUCUUGAGACUUCAUCUGAGAAAGAGGCAUGGUGUAAGGCCCUUCGUUUGGCAUCAUGUGAUGAAAGAGAAAAACUCCAAUGGUAUUCGCAGUUGCAAGAAGAGUUUCAUAGUUAUCUGACAUCAUUAAAUACUGAAUAUCAUUCUUUUAUGAAACCAACAGUAGGAUUAAGUGUUGAUGCAAUAGAAAGGGCUACUAAGACGGAUGGAUCUUCCUCAAAGGUCCGUCAGUUUUUGAAAAAAAUUACGAGAAAAUCUUCCCGAGUUGGAUUGGAUAACAAAUGGACUUCAUUCUCAGGCCACGAAGACAAAAAGAAAACCGAGAAACUUCGGGCUUGCCAAGAUGCAGUUUUAGCCACUAGCUACAUGAAAAAUGCUGCAGCAACUAGUCUUCCGAGAAGUUCCAUAUCAGAAGAUGCUCCAUCGCUAUCAUCAUCCCUGUCUCGCUCAGGAAGCCAAAGUCAUUUUUCUGUCUGUUCUGACUCUGAUGAAAAGUUUGGUAUUGAUGAGGGAACAUUAUGUUGGAAUUUGUUGAUUUCCCGACUCUUUUUUGAUAUCAAAGGCAAUGAGCAAGUGAAGAAAUCCGUGCAAGAGAGAAUUCAGAGGACAUUGUCCAACAUGAGAACUCCCGCAUAUGUCGGUGACGUCGUCUGUACAGACAUCAACAUGGGAAAUGUUCCACCCUGUAUCAUUGGGAUGAGGGUUCUUCCGAUGGAAAUGAGCGAGGUAUGUGCCUUGGAGGUUGACAUCGAAUAUUCUGGAAGUGCAAUAUUGGAGAUUGAAACAAGGCUAGAAGUUGGUGAGCUAGAGAAAGAGGGCUCAAAUCCCGAGUCGAACAAUGUUGGGUCUGUCCCAUCAGAUAUUAUUCAAGAUUUCGAGAAUUUAGAUAAGCAAUUAGGUCUUGCAGAAGGAAUGAAUGAUUUGCAAGAGCCUAAAGAAGAUGGUGACUGGAACAAUGAUGUGUCAAAGAAGUUAAGGAGCAAUACACCUUCCACAACUCAUGGAUCAAGAUGGAAAUCUAUGUUAAAUUCUGUUGCCAAGCAUGUUUCACAGGUUCCUAUCUCUUUGGCAAUAAGGGUAGCAUCCCUCAGAGGGACACUGCGUUUUUUUAUAAAGCCGCCACCCGCCGAUCAACUGUGGUAUGGUUUCACAUUUAUGCCUGAUAUUGACUUCAACUUGGAAUCAUCUGUUGGAGAACACAAGAUAAACAAUACACACAUUGCUUUGUUCCUGAUCAACCGGCUCAAGGCAGCAAUUCGGGACACUUUAGUGCUCCCAAAUAGUGAAAGCGUAGGCAUUCGAUGGAUGCUAGCGGAAAAAGAUGAUUGGGUUCCUCGGAAUGUUGCACCUUUCAUAUGGAUCAACCAAGAAUCUGGGAAUGAAAUUUCAAAUCCAAUUGAUACGAAUAAUCAAACUUCUGGUGGAGUGAAAGCUAGUGCAAAGACCUCAGGUGAUAGUCCAGAACCGAAACUACAAAAACUGUUUAGUAGCGAAUCGAGACAAGAUCCAGCCAGGAAAUCAGAUUCUCAAGCAUUUCCGUCAAGUUUCUCUUUUUCAGCAGCAAUAAGGAAUAGUAAAAGCUUUGACGAACUGUCAAAACCUUUAUUAGAAAGUGGCCAACAACAAGAAACUACUGAUUUGAAAGAUCUUAGUAUGCCUUCAUUAGAAAGUGACCACGAAGCUAGCGAAGAGAAGACGGAUGAUGUUUCUGUUAGCAGUUCGCCUUCGAAUAGUGCAGUGAUGGAUAGGUCAAUCAGUUCGGCUCAACAGGAUGAUGAUUCAAUGCCGAAAAAAAUUGGAAGAAGGGAAAGGUUUCUUGAUUUUCGAAAGAAAAUGAGCGAGAAAGUAGGAGGCCAAAAAAAAUUGGAAGAAGUGAAAGGAUUCUUGUUGAGAAGAUGAAAGCUUCGGAGAAAUAAAACACACAAAGUAAAUGUCAGCAUGAUCAAGUAUUUGUUACUGACUUCUUGGUUCUUAUCAUGUCAGAGAUUAGUAUCAUUCAUUCAUAAAAUAAGAAUGUUGGUAUCAAGUAUUGUUUCAUUGAUGAGUUGUAUAUUUUUUAGGGGCUUAGAAGAUCAAAUGGAAUUACAUAUAUAGAUACAAAAGAAAUACUUUAAUUGCAUUCAACUUGAGUUCCAAAAUUCUUUGACUUGGUUCUCUUGUAAAUUUGCAAUAAUUAUAUGAUAGAUGAUUCUUUUAAUAGUUUGGAUACCAAAUAAUCUUGUGACAGACAAAUGCUAUACAAAUCCAUAUAUAGUUGCUCUUUAUUUGAGGGGUACUUUCAUUUUA